CCCCACUGUGCGGCCCGGGUGGUGGUGCGGCCGUCCCUGAGGUGGGGGUGUCAGGCCGGAGAUCGUUGAGGAAGGGCACCAGGAGUGAACGGGGGACGGCCGGAGCUGCCGGUCCCCCUGUGAUGGCGGCUGCGGUCUCUUCAUCUGCCCGACGUGAGGCCCGGCAGAGUGGAGGAGGGGAGGCAGGGCCGGCCCUGUCCAGUGCAGGGUCGGGCUCUAGGCAGCGUUCUGGGGCCAGGUCUGCAGAGGAGAGGAGGCCCGGAGGCAGCAGGGACACGGCUGGCUCACCUUCUCUGAGUGCAGCCCAGCAGCGUACAGCACAGCAGCAGAGCUCCGGGAGUGCAGGGGAGGCCAGAGCUCGGAGAUCUUCUGUCAGCGUCUCUCUGCCUGUGAGGGAAGAUGGGCUGGCUGGAGGUCGGCAGGAUCCAGAGUGCUACAGUGAGAGGGCGCCACCUGGUGGUAGGAGUCGGCAUGGCAGGUCUGGAACUGCAGUUGGGGAAUAUUCUCCUUCUGAUUCUUCCCUUUCUGAUUGUGCUGCAGAUGCUGAAGAGGAGCUGGCGAAUCCGGAAAGGAGGGCGGCCGGUGAGGCGGUCAUUCGUCGGCGGGAGCCUGGAGCGGAUUUGGCGGGACCUUCAACAGCGCUGGAUGACAGGAGUGCGGCCGGCGGUUCCAGGGAGCGGACGCCCAGGCCUGCGGCUGCUGGGGCAUCGGCUUCGGGUCAGCCUGGUCGUGAUCCGUGCUUGGUGUGGAUUUUUGGUCACUCCUAUGUUCGGAGGGGGGCGAUCCGGGCUGCGGUGAGACGGGACGGGAGGCAGCUGGGUUUUUCGAGGGACCUGGCGGUGUUGCGGUGGAUUGGAAUUGGUGGCAUGCUGUGGUGCGGGGUGCUCCCUGAGGUACAGUUCAACGCUUCUUUGGACCGCCACCCGGACAUCUUGGUGGUGCAUGCUGGGGGCAAUGAUUUGGGCCUUCGAUCGUCACGGGAGUUAAUUAGAGACAUUAAGCUUGACAUUCUGAGGCUAAAAUCUACCUUUCCAGGUUUGUUGUUCGUUUGGUCUGACAUGGUGGCUCGGCGGGUGUGGCGGCACGCCAGGUCGGUGGAUCGCUUGAAUAAGGCUCGGGUCAAGCUCAACAAAGAGGUGGGUCGUUUUGUUCGUAGGAAUGGGGGGAUAGUGGUGAGGCACACUGAUCUGGAGUUGGGAAUUCUUGGAUCCUGA